AGAGCCUGCCGGGAGCUCGCUUUGCAAUGGCGACUCCCAGCCUGCGGGGUCGACUAGCACGGCUUGGAAACCCACGGAGGCCUAUACUGAAGCCCAACAAGCCCCUCAUCCUAGCCAAUCAUGUCGGGGAACGGCGCCGGGAGAAGGGCGAGGCGACCUGUAUCACGGAGAUGUCAGUAAUGAUGGCUUGCUGGAAGCAGAAUGAAUUCCGCGACGAAGCGUGCAGAAAAGAGAUUCAGGACUUCUUCGAUUGUGCUUCGAGGGCUGAGGCUGCCCGAAAGAUGAGAUCAAUCCAGGAGAACCUGGGAGAGUUGGGGAGUUUACCCCCCAAGAAAUUGAAUAAGUUGUUACAUAGGUUUCCUAACAAACCUCAUGUCAGCUGAAAAUGGAGAAGCAUUUUCAAUGACUGGACUGUAGCUUCUGAGAACUAUGCAGAGGCUUUUUAGAGAUAUUUGCAUUGUCACACGUUCUUUUUGAAGAGUGGAAGGACGCGAAACACUUUUUUUUAACCCUUUGGAAUCAUUAUGUGGAUGGAAAUUAUAUUUUAUGUUGAAAUAAAAUCCCCUGAAGAGAGCUUGGCCUUUUGUUGUGGAUUAGGUAUUCCCACUAUAGUUGAGUCCUGUGUUCUCCCCUACACUCUGGAAAGUCUUUGCUCUGUAAUUUGCACCAGGGUCAAGACAAAAACCUUUAUACCACUUAGUGUCCUUGCCUUUGUAUGCAAAGGAUGCAUAAGGAUGUUGGAGUCUGUUUAUAUGAAGAGCUUUUUUGCCAUUAUCUGUAAAUACUCACUGACUAUCUGUGCAUAGCCACUGCAAGGUGCUGCCAGGAUAAUCAGAAGUUCACAAACUGGUGACCCAGAGGUUUUGGAGAUGUAUUUUAUUUGGCCCACACAAUUAAAAGUUUGUUUUUAAAUUAGCAGACCACAUUCAAAAAUUCAGUAUCAUAAAAAAUCCACUUUGGCUGGGGGUGUGGCCAAAAAAAUAUGCUUUUUAGCUUUUUUUAAAAAAAAUCAGGAGUUCUUGGAGUUCCUGUUGUGGUGCAGCAGAAACAAAUCUGACUAGGAAACAUGAGGUUGUGGGUUUGAUUCCUGGCCUUGCUCAGUGGGUUAAGGAUCUGGCGUUGCUGUGGCUGUGCUGUAGGUUGGCAGCUGUAGCUCCGAUUCAACCCCUAGCCUGGGAACCUCCAUAUGCCAUGGUGUGGCCCUAAAAAGCAAAAAAAAAAAAAAAAAA